AUGGAUGGUGCCCCAUCAAUGAUGGGCAAGAACAAUGGAUUGCCUGGAAUUUUACCAAGAAAACAUCCUCACAUUAAAACAAACCACUGCAUCAUCCAUCGCCAGAGUCUGGCAUCAAAAGACAUGUCUCAGAGCUUCUCUGAUGUGAUGCAGGUAGUCAUUGCAACUGUUAAUUACGUGAAGGCUAAGGACCUGAAUUCCCUCAUGUUCAAGCAGUUGUGCAUUGCUGAAAAUUGUAAUCACCACACUCUGCUGAUGCAUACUGCUGUCAGGUGGCUGUCACGGGGAAAAACCUUGGAAAGGGUUUUCCUCCUUCGCAGUGAACUGGCAUCCUUCCUGCAAGAUCGGGGUCAUAAGAAUGCGAAUUGUUUUCGUGAUCCCCACUUUCUUGCUCGCCUUGCAAUUCUGACGGAUGUUUUUGAGAACGUUAAUAAGCUCAACACUGAACUUCAAUGUGCAGUAAAAGCUAUUGUCAGCAAGCUGACGAUACUACGAGAACAAGCUGAAGCCGACAGUUUCUCUCAUUUUCACCACUACUUGGAAUUUACAGCUACGAUGGAUGUGGAUUUUGACGAAACACUGGAUCUCAUGGAAGAGAAAAAGGAUCUCCUGGAAUAUUUGCAAAAUCUGACUGUGAAUUUCAGUGACAGAUUCCCAGAGUUGCCGAAUGAGUCUUUUGAUUUUGUUCAAUUUCCAUUCAAAACAGAUGCAAAUCAGUGUGGUUUUCUUGCACUUAAAAUGGCAGAAUUGCAAGGUGACAACGAGGCUAGGGUGAGCUUUGAUGUGUAUAAUGACAGGAAAGUUUUGGAUUAA